GUUUCUCUCUCCCCUCGGUUAUACACCACGAGCAUAAUUAUGCGCUACGCGGUCCUCGUCACCGGUCCUGCAGGUGCUGGAAAAUCAACCUUUUCAAGAUCCUUCAUAACACAUCUGAACGCGUCGAAACGGACGGGACAUCUUGUUAACCUCGAUCCUGCCGCCGAUCCUGCAAGUUUCGAGUAUGAGCCUGCAAUAGAUAUCAAAGAUCUCAUUAACCUUGAUGAUGCAAUGAAUGAGCUUGGUUACGGUCCCAACGGUGGGCUGGUCUACUGCUUCGAAUAUCUGCUGGAAAAUAUGGAUUGGUUAGAAGAAGAGCUGGGGGGUUAUGAAGAUGAAUAUCUUAUAAUCGACUGUCCAGGACAAAUCGAACUUUACUCUCACCAUCCAUUCCUACCGAAGCUCGUGCAGAACCUGCAACGGUUAGGCAUACGUACGUGUGCGGUCUACCUUGUAGAAUCGCAGUUUAUGGAGGACAAGUACAAGUUUUUCGGCGGUGUACUAUCCGCGAUGUCCGCGAUGGUCAACCUCGAGAUACCUUGGAUAAAUGUGAUGUCAAAGAUGGACCUUGUCACGUCAAACCCGGAAGAUCCCUCGGGAGGUGCUCGAAACGGCCUACGGAGACGGAAAAACAUAGCUAGGUACUUGGAUCCUGAUCCAUUAUUGAUCGCCAUUCCUCGUGGUGAUGAGUCCGAAAUACCGAAUCCCCGUUUUCAUGCCCUGAAUCAAGCUAUCGUGCAGUUGAUUGAAGAGCAUCCAUUGGUAUCGUUUUUACCACUCGACCUGACAUCGACGGAUUCCCUUGAGACGGUUAUAAGUCAUAUCGAUUAUACGAUGCAGUAUGGCGAAGAUGAAGAGCCAAAAGAACCCAAAGAUUUAGACGAAGGAGACUUUCAUGGCAUGGAAUAGAGGAACGAUUUCCUUAGUUUACUUACAUACCCGGGCAUAUGUAUGUAUACAGCGCAUACAAGACUCGAAUGGAGAUGAACAUGCUAGCCCA